AUGGCGUUCCAGGAUGCUGCAGCCCAGUUCCGCUACUUCUCCAGCCUGCCCACCGAAAUCCAGCUGAUGGUCUGGAAAUAUCACCGCGAGGCGGAACCCCCAGUGCGGCACUACUUCCAGAACCCUGUGAGACGUCGUGCCUGCAUCUACAGUGCUGUAGACGCACGAUCGGGCACGAUCGUCCCCAACCUCGCGACAGAGAAGGAUCCUCGUGUCACCUAUGAGCUCGGGCCGCUGACCACGUCCGAGAAGAAGCAACUUCAAGGACCGCUUCUACACAACCCAUCGGGUCGGGUACAGGAUGCCAUCCGGUGUGCUCAGCUCGUUGAGAAGCAGGAGCCCGUAAUGGCCUACAUGGAUCUGUACCUCGACAUUGUCAUCUUCGAGGAACGCAACCUCAGGUCGUUGCGAUUCGACGGAGACCACUACCAGCCCUAUGAGGAUUUCGUCCAGAGAUACUGCCCACCUGACGUCCAGAGGAUAGGUUUCGCCGGCGUUGAUAUGCUGCGACAGAUAUGGCUGGCCGGUGCCGGGUACGUGUCACGACGGGAGCCGCAAGACUUCCUCAAGCAGUUGAUUGAGCAGCGUGUAGCACUGAGGACACUAUACAAUAUGAUUGUUCAACCAGAUGUCAACUGCCCCUACGUGAGGAACAGAUCUCCCCUGGAAGGCUGCCGUGCCGAGGCAGAUGGCUUUAUCGACUUCUACAAUUACUACCUUAUUCACCAGCGUUUCGAACCUCUCAUCACUCGAUCCCGAUCGAUGGCCCAGCGGGCGGUCAGAUGCACCUGUUUGAUAACGAGGGAGUACCAUUUCGCGACUAAGGCACGCAAUAACUUACUAGCAUACCUGGAAACCACCGGACGAAACCUUGAGGUGAAUAUUGUAAUCGAGGGUUCGCUCAGCUAG